AUGAAAAAAAAAGUUAAAAAUUCAGCAACUGAAAAAUCACAACGCUAUGGUUCAGCAAGUGUACCUGGUUCUGGUCGAGUAGAUCAUGUUGAUUUUAAUUCUAUUCGAGAUAAAAUUAAAACAGCUGAUGAUACUACUAAAGAAACAUAUCAAGAAAAAAAUCCUAAUCGUGGUUAUGGAGGAAAAUAUGGUACAGAACAAGUCAUGGAUAAGUCUGCAGCAGAUUUUACCUACAAAGCUGAUAUAAAAAAACAUUCAUCACAAACAGGUUAG